AUGGCGGAUUUCACCACGGAAAAAGAGCUCGAGGAUAUUAUUCAUCAAAUGGGACAACAUAUUCAAAGUGGUGUACAACUGGCGAAGCUCAAAAAUGAAAUCAACAAAUACCUCCACGAAGAGUCGUAUUUGUCUGAAAGUGAAGGAGGAGAUGACGUGUUGAAUGAAUCACUUUUUGCAUCAUUAUCGAUUGAUCCGGCCGCCCGAUUUUUAUGGAGACAAAGAGAGGAUUUAGAGACGGGAAAGAUGAAUAUUCAGUCGCCGAUUGUGUCGAGAAAACGCCAAGGCAAACGAUAUGUCUACGAGAAUCUGGAAUUCCCCGAUGUCAAUGACUCUGACGGUGACGACGAAAAAAGCGCAGCACCCCGUGAGAAUUUCGAAGCCAAAUCGUUGAUCGAUCAAGCGUGGCGAAGUAUUCAUCGAGCAUAUGAGACGUGUCGGGGAGCCAAUGAGGUAAUGGACAAACUCUCCAGCGACGGUGGUCAACCAGAAGAUCUAACAGAUGAGGAAGUGGAGGACGAAGAAGAAAUCGCUGAAUCAGUUUCAGUCGGGCUGACGUCAUCUGAAAAUCCAUCAGAUCCAAAAAAAUCAAAUUUCAUCAUCCGAGACCCAAGUGUUCGUCCCGUCCGGUCACCCAAACCGGGAAGAGUUCCAUAUAAAUUCGAUCCAGUCACCAGAUAUCAUCUUUAUAAAAACGAAUGGGAACGACACCCGGCGCCUGGCGAACUCCGCCGUCUGUCACUCCGCUGGAAAGUUCGAGAAUUCAUGCUUCGCCACGAUGUGCCACGUUUGACGGCGAAUCCCGAGGGAAAGGCGAUUCAUGAGAAGCAAUGGUCGCCACAACCUUAUAUGGACUGA